AUGGGCAUACCGUUUUGCUGUUCCUUUCCCCAACGGCGACCGAAGCGGAAGGGAGUGCAGCAAUCAUCCCCUCGCGAGCGACCCGUCAGCCCAAAACACGACUCUCCGUCGUCAUCUUCGCCUUCGCCCCUAGCUUUGCCAGAAAUAUUACCACCUAUCGUGCCCUCCCCAUUUUUGUUGUCGCCCUUCGGCCCAUCAUCCGCUGUACCGUCUCAAAAUCCGUCCCCCGAGCGCCGUGCCAUGAGUUCUCUGGCCGUCCGUCGGCCGUCGUCUACUCUUGCGCCGUCUCCUCGUUAUCUUGCCCGCGACGCCUCUCGUUUGUCUUCGUUCGAAACCGCCCCAUUAGCGCGCAGUAGCCCUGGGAUCGGAUAUCACCAAGACGUCAUCCUGGCUGCCUGCGAAAUCUGGGAGGAAGCAUACAAUCAAGUCAGAAGCGACGAUGCGCUAAAACCUUUGGUCAAGAACUACGAGACACUUUUCAAUACCGUCACAAAAGAUGGCUUUGCUGACUCGCGUCGCUCCUCGCGGGCCCAAAAGGAGCCACCAAGUGAUGAUGAGGAGCACAGUAACGCCGGCGAGGAAUGCUUCACGAGACUGGCUCAAGAAUACAUGGACCUGGCAAGACGCGACUCUGCCAGCCAAAGCAUCGUCUCUUCCGCUGUACAGUUCAUCCAGAAAACUAGAGACGUUGUCGGCCUUGCUCUCGCUUCCUCUCCGCCCGCGUCACUGGCCUGGACCGGCAUCUGCACCAUUGUUUUGCCUAUCAUCGUCAACCACGCCGAGCAGAUUGCUGCCAGAGAAUCCGGCUUCUCGUACGUCAUGUCACGGUUCACAUGGUACGGUCAAGUUCUUGACCUCCUGAACCGUGAGUAUUGGAAAAGCCCCCAAAGCUUUUCGGCGCUCCGACAUGCGAUUUAUGGCGAGAUUGUCGCUCUCUACAAACUCCUCAUCGAAUAUCACCUGCGAGCAUACUACACCUACUGCCGCCCCUUGACUACAAUUUCCAGGGACAUUCUCAAGCUCGACGACUGGAACUGCAUGCUAUCUGAGAUCAAGGAGAGCGAAAAGCGCCUGGAAGAGUACAUGAAUCUCAACUACGAACAGCAUCUGUUGGACAAGCUCCACACUCUCUCCAAGGAUGCACUGCAUAAACAGCGGUUGGAGACGCUGAUCAAGUUCAAGUUUCCCGACGACUUCCCCUACGCCGUCUAUCAGGCUUACCUCGACAGCAUCGAUUCGCCGGAAGUCGGUACUGGGGCAGGGGUCCUCACACAUCCCGUAUUUGUCAAGUGGGCCACCGGAGAUUCUGGUGUUUUUGUGCUGGAGGGGAUCCCGGGAUCGGGCAAGUCAGUUUUGUCGAAGUCCCUCCUGACCGAACUGCCAAAAUGGAGGCCCUCUUCAAUCUGCGCCUUCUUCUUCAAGGACAACGGUAAGGGCCAGGACGGAGCCACGACGGCGCUUUGCCGGGUUCUCGAUCAGCUCUUUCAGGGCCAGCCAGACCUCGUCGAUAAAAUUUGUGCCAGAGUCGACCAUCUUCUCCCUGAGGAGGUGCGAUGCAAUUUCGAUCUGCUCUGGAGCGUGCUCGAGGAGGCUACCCAAGACUGCGAGCCUGGGAGUGUUACUGUUGUUCUAGACGGGUUCGAUGAAUGCGAGCCGGACUCGGCCGACAAACUAUGGCAGAAGCUGACCGAGUAUCUUGCCGGCCCGAGCCCACGGAUGAAAUUCUUCCUCACCACACGCCCUCUAGUUACAGCGCCGCCGCUAAUAUUCUCUCCUAGCGUCACCGUUCUAAAGCUAGAAGAGGACCCACAUUGUGUAAAGCACAUUAGCAAAGACAUCGAGAGAGUCGUCAUAGCCCGCUUCGAUGGGUUUGCGCUGCGGUGCAUCCAAGACACGAACCUCAGACAGGAAUUACUCGAGUUUAUCCGUCCGCGGGAGGACAGAACGUAUCUGUAUGUUAAGCUGUUAUUCGACUACCUCGAGCUGAAGAUGAAGGACGGCUUGCCGCGAGUGCCCCGUGGUUGGAUCGACAUCUUCAAGAAGUUGCCGGCAACCGUGAAAGAGGCAUACGUCGGGUUUCUCAACCGAGUGCGGGAAUGUCAAAGAGGCGAUGUCAGAAACUUGUUUCAAAUCGUCCUUGCCGCUGCAAGGCCGCUCACUCUUCAGGAGGUCAACAUCGCGCUCAACAUCCGGGACCUCCCCAACGGCAGCAAACACGGCUUGGGGUUGCAGGACGAGCGCUGUUUCCGGAGCUGGAUUUUGGAUGCCUGUAAGUACUUCUUGGAUGUCUACAACGGCAGGGUCUACUUUAUCCACCAAACUGCCAAGGACUUCCUUCUGGCUGGCCCGUUCGAGAACGGACACAGAAAGCCGGACUGGCUGGGUGAUUUUAUUAUGCAGGCUUGCCACGCGACAUUGGCUCAGAGUUGCAUCCUGUACCUCUCGUUGCCUCUGCGGGUACCUUCUCGGUUUAAGGGCGUUCCAGCUACUGGAGAAAAGGGCGGCGAACAUCACCUCUGGAACGAUGCUGAGCUCGCAUUCGCUAGUUACGCACAUUUCUUCUGGCGUAACCACGUUGUUGUAGCGCUCGACACGGAUUCAUCCAGCAGCUCGGAGGAACUUCUCAAGCUGCUGGGGUUGUUGCGGCCGUGUCGUUGCCGACCACAAGGGGCGGCCGCUCCCUCGCACCCCACGCAUCCACAUCGAAGCCCCCAACGCCCUCCAACGCUUCAGCGCUGUAAUCCGCCAGGUCGCAACCGUCCAAGCUGUCCGGGCACUAACAACCUACCAACUCCAUUCCCCGCUCCCCGCAGACUGGGUUCACCGUCCGCUUCUUCCCCAAACCCAACCGCGCCCGCGCCCGUCGACAACAACAACAACAACAACAACACCCUCCACUUCCACGACGGCGAAGUCCUCAGCUACACCCUCUCCAACCGCACCGCCCUGCACACCGCCUCCGUGCACAUGCUCAGCCUCAACGCCUCCUGGACCGUCGGCACCCUCCUCUGGAACGCGCGCCUCCCGCCCCGGCAGCAGCGCACGGGGGAGUUGACCAUGGUCCUGCCAAGGCGCGUGAAUGAGGAUGACCCGCCCGAGGCGGAGGAUACGAUUGUGGUUAUCUUUUGUGUGGGUGUCGGUGUGGGUGUCGGGGGGGCAGGGCGAGUGCGGAGAGGUUGGUUGCGCCGGCGGAGUGGUUGA